GGAUGGAUGGACGGAUGGACCCAUUCAUUCCCGUGUGUGACCCCCAUCGUAUACGUCCAUUCGCCAUUCGACGCCACCCACCAUUGCCUAGCCUAGCUACCCGCCCAUUUGGUGCGCAAGUGCUCUAUGCAUAUCGUACACGCAGCCAAGCAGCCGACCUCACACUACCACUGUUAGUCAAACACUCUCUUUAGCCAGCGAUCAUCUGUCUGUCUGCCGUGUUUCUACACGCGACCUUAUCUGUCUGUUACGUUACAGACAGACAGAGUUCCUUACGCGAACACCCACCAGGCCCUCACCUCAUCUGCAUUGCAUUGCAACGGGGGAUUCAGCAACACACAACCGACCAAAAAGGGGUGGCUUCCAUCCAUCCAUCCAUCCAUCCACUCAGUCGUCCGUCCAUCCACCUGUCUAGCCCGUCUGUCUCAUCAUUCAUUCCAUCCACCAAUCACAUCACACGCCAACAGUGAAGCGAGGAAUGUCAGCCUCGUCAAACGUCUCCAUCUUGCCCGUCAUCAGCGCAUACGCCACCCCCUCACGCACCAGCAAGUGGGCCGUGCUCCCGCGCAACUCCUCCUCCUCACUGUGCAUCGAGCCCCUCCCCGGCCCACCAUCACCAUCUCCUCCCGCUCUUGCCUCCCUGGACACCGGCGAUGGCACGUGUGGCAGGAAGGGGUCCUUGAUCUGCCUCUGCUCGUUGGGCACGUAGUUGUGCAGCAUGCGGGCGACCUCCAGCAGACUCUGGCAGCUGUCACAGCCCAUGACGGGGUCGUGAGGACACCAUGGGUACCAGCUGGUGGGCGGGCGAGGGGGGCUGCUGGCGGGCUUCACCGCAAUUAUCUCGCACUCGUCAUCGUCCUCAUCGUUGGGCGACUGCUUCUUCUCGGCCGCAACAGCGGCAGCAGCAGCAGGGCCGGCGGGCUGCAGAGAUGUCGAGGCCUCGACAUCUUGGUUGGACCGCAGGAGACCACCGCCGUCUUCCAUUCCCGCCGCCUCCUCCUUGAUCGGUGCUGCAGCCAAAGUGGGCUGAAGUGAUGGUGCUGGACAGCUGUCUUGCGGUUCUUGCUUGACAACCACCUCAUCCUUGACACCCGCUGCUGCACUCGAAGGCUGGGCUGCUGCUGCUGCUGCCGCCGCCGAUGAAGAAGCAUGGGGUCCGGAAGGGGUCGAGGGGGCAGCAGAUGGAUGCUCCUUCGUCUCCACCCUGACACCUAGUGCCGCAGCGGCAGCGGCAGCAGGAGCACUCGGGUUGUCAUCCUCCUCCAGGUCGAUGACCAUGUUCUUGUCAAUGGCGACACGUGCUCUCUCGUGCCGCCUUCGCCUCCUCUCACGUGGCACCCUGAGGGGCGGCGCAGGCGCCGUCGCCUCACCAUCGCCGGCCCGCUCUCCAUCCGACUCGAUCACCAGCACAUCAUGUCGCCUCUCAUCGGCGGGACGGUCAGCUGGGGCGGAGCGGCCAGCAGCAGCAGCAGCAGCGGCCACUGGAGCGGGGGAAUGGUCGUCUUCAUCUGUGUCGAGAUGGUCAGGGUGUGGUGGCUGUGCGAAGACGUGCUGCGGAAUGUCUCUUUGCGAAUGGGGGAAGAAGUUCGCCGAAGUCUCCCACAGCCCCCUCUCGGACCGCCGUCGCCGCUUGCCGUGCCCACCAGCAGCGUGGACGGGUGAUCGUGACCUCGGCGCCCUUUUGUAUGCGUGCUGCUGCCGUCUCCUCUUCUGCCGCUUGGCGCGAUUGGCCGCCGCGUUUGCGAGUGUGGGUGGGAGUCGGGGUGGCGUGACGUUCAUGAGGUUCUGCACGGCGAGCAGCACCACAAGCUUCACAUCGAUGUUGCGCAACAGCGUCUGCACAAGGGAGAGUGACGCAGCGCAUUGCGAUCGAUUGCUCUUUCGCUGGCGCGUCGUGUGGUGCGAUGUCAUGUGGUGCUUACGGUGAGCUCUCUGUCGAGGAACGUCUGCAGGCGCCUCUCUACCCUCUCUCGGUCGCGGGAAGUCGACAGCAACGACAUGAAAGCCUCCGAGCAGCAAAUGGGGUCCAGCACAACCACCUCGCCACCCUUGGUGGCAGUGGCGCCAUCCAUCUUUCCCUCUGCGGCGUCUGCGGCUUUGCUCUCCUCUUCUGCGCAUCGCUGCGCAUUCCGGUCAUCUUUCUCCUCCUUGAUCACUGCUGCUGCUGCUGCCGAGGUAGGGGCCUCGUCCCCCUCGUGGUCGCCUGCGCUGUGCAAGUGAGCCACCACAGCACGGGAAGCACGCACAGACGGCUUGCUGCCGCUGGGAGAGCCGCCCUGCACAGAUGAGGGAUACACGUCUGUCUGUCUGUCUGUCUGUCUGGUUGACUAUGUGCGGUCUGUCUGACGAACCGUGAUGGCGCUGCUGAACCUCUUCCUCAGCUGCAUGGUGAACUUCCUCUGCGGCAGCGAUGGCCGUGCUGCAGCUGGUGCCCUGACGCCCCCCCGCGGCUUGGCGGUUGUCAAUGAGGUGUAGAAGGCGCUGAGUCGGCGUGUGGAUGUGGCUGGCGGCAGGAGGGGGAACCAACCGUUGGCAUAGAUCAAAAGGCGACGCCAUUCCUCAUCUGAUGGCUGCACGAUGCCUGCAGGACAGGAAAGGAACAGAUGGAUGGCAGCACACGGACGGACGGUGAUAUAUAUCGCCUCCAGAGCUGUCUCCUUCCGCCUCUUGUCUGUCUGUCUGUCUGCUUGUGACCUACCUGAGUCGAUAUUGAAGACUCGGUAGAAUCGCUCUGAGAAGACGUCCACGACCACCUCUGAGAGCCUCCUCUUGCAGACGGGGCAGCUGCGCUUCCUCUCAGCCUGGCAUGCCACAUGGAGGGAGAACCACAGAAGACAGACACCCACGCCAAUCAGAUUGACGCCUGCACUCAAUCCCUCUUGUCUUCUCAGCCACCCCACCACCCACCCACCCAGUUCAUCAGACAGGACAGGUGGUACACGUGGAAGCAGUCCAGCACAUAGGCCUCCUCCCCGUCAGGUAUCUCCUGGCAGGGCAGGCAGGAAAUACACAAUCACACACACAUAAGCACUCCAAUCAAUCGCCGGUCAUCCAUUCCACAUAUUCCCUACUUACCUGUAGACAGAUGGGACAUGUGUGGCCGUGCUGCGCCCCUCCAGCAGCCGCCUUGUCUUCCAUGCCCAUCUUAUGGUCAGCAGCAUCGCCGCACACACCCGAUGACUCGCCACCAAACUGAAACGAUGGCAUCAUUCACGCACCUUCUGAACUUCUCGGCCUCGACGCCACCAG